CAUUGUUGUACAUAUCCCUGCUAUGAAAACCAACAAUUCAUUCCUUUCUAUUGCUAAAUAGAAGAGUAAGUGUCAUUGAUGGUCAGUCACCCUGAAGUCCCCUUCUUGUUGCCGUGCAAGUCAUUCCCCUCUCACCUGAAUUUAUUCAAGCCUGAUUUACUCACUGCCUCCCAGGUAAGAGCGUCCAGCAACAGAUCCCUGGUAAUAUAUUUGGCACCGGCCGUGGAGCACGAACAGGCCCAGGGAAACCUGGAUGCUUUUUGCCAUUCUGAUGGCAAAUGAUGAGACCAGCGACCAUGGAUUUUAGCACCCCUUCUGUGUUUGAUCAGCAAAAAGGUGACUCAUCAGAGGAAGUGGACCUGUCCAUGGUAUAUCAGGCAGCAUCCCAUGGGGAUGUCAAUGCUCUGACGGCAGUGAUUCGGGAAGACCCUUCCAUCCUGGAAUGCUGUGACAGUGAAGGAUGCACGCCCUUGAUGCAUGCGGUUUCUGGACGUCAAGUGGACACAGUGAAGCUGCUGUUGAAGAUGGGAGCCAAUAUUAACAUGCAGGACGCUUAUGGCCGCACGAGCUUAUGUCUGGCAACAUACCUGGGUUGGCUGGAAGGCUGUGUAAGUUUGCUCAGAAAUGGUGCCAAGCACAAUAUCCCAGACAAGAACGGGCGCCUGCCACUGCACGCUGCCACUGCUGAGCCUGACGUGAGGCUCCUCACGGUUCUGUUGCAGCAGUCAAGCCUCAGUGAGAUCAACCACCAGGACAACGAGGGAAUGACACCACUCCACUGGGCGGCUUUCCACAAUCGGCCUCAACACACCCAGAUGUUGUUGAAGAAAGGGGCAGACCCCACGCUGGUGGAUAAAGACUUUAAAACAGCCCUCCACUGGGCGGUCCAGAGUGGAAACAGAAUCCUGUGUUCCAUCAUUCUGAGCCAUCCGCAGGGCCCUUCCAUCGUCAACUACGACGACGAGAGCGGGAAGACAUGUGUCCACAUCGCUGCGGCCGCCGGCUUCAGCGACAUCAUCACAGAACUGGCCCGAGUCCCUGAGUGUCACCUGCAGGCUCUGGAUGUGGAUGACAGGACCCCUCUGCACUGGGCUGCGGCUGCGGGGAAAGCAGAGUGCGUGCAGUCUCUGCUGGAGCUGGGCAUGGACAGCAACCUGCGGGACAUCAAUGAGAGCACGCCCCUGGCCUACGCCCUGUACUGUGGCCACACUGCAUGCGUCAAGCUCCUUUCCCAAGAGAGCAGAACAGAGCCUGCUCAGCUCCUUCCCUCCCAGCACAGUAGACCGCAGAAGAAAGAGGGUCGUUUCAGUAUGCUGAACCAAAUCUUCUGCAAAAGCAAGAAGGAAGACCUGAGAGUCCAGCAGAAGGAGCACAGCAGGGCCCCGCCCCAAGGAGAGGACACCUCGGAAGUUGAUGACAUCAUCACCACCUUCGACAGCCUCGUGAACUCCAACUGCCAAGAACAGCCUGGGGACCAGGUGGCAAUGGUGGAUCUCAAGAAGAGGACCCCUGAGAAAUCAAAAUAUCUCCUGCCAGAGAAGAAAUCUGUGACCUGCAAGGGGCUUCCCCCAAUCAGAACACAGAGCCUCCCCCCCAUCACCCAGGGCAGUCACUUUCUGACAGCUUCCCACGGGGCCAUGUCCCAUGCUGGCCUGAGCUCAGGCCCUCCACCUAUGGCUCAGAGAUCCCAGCAAAGUCGGAGUGAACAGGACUUGCUGAGUCACAGGACUGCCUGGCAUCCGUUGCUGGAUAGCUCUUGGAGGGGUGAUUCUAACCAGGUGUUCUCCUGCAAAGCUUGGACUUUGUCAUCUUCAGAUAAGCUGCUGGACAGACUGCUGGCUGGCCGGCCUGGUCACCAGGAGGUCUCAGGGCCACCACAUCUUCCUCUUCGGCCUAAUCCUGCAGCAGGACAAAAUUUUCAACAUCUCUCCCCAAACCGACCCAAAAUCAAGGAUUUUCCCUUCACUCGGAACAACCUAGCUCCCCUACCAGACCAAAAAUUUCUGUCUGGAGAACCACUACGGACAAACCGAGUGCUUCCAGCGAUUCCAAGUCACCGAGGACACUGCGGCACAGGAGCCAGAGGGAGUGAGCACCAGGACAGUCUCCCCGACGAUGGAGAGCAACCCAGGCCACCAACUGCAGAAGUGUAGAAUGUAUAUACAUAUUAUCUUCUGACUUCCAAGAUUAUUCUAGUUUGUGCGAACAGAGACUCAUUUUAGUAAUCUGUGUUCACAGGCCAUUCACAGUUUUAUAACUCAGAAUUCUUGAUUACUAAAUAAAGAUGCUUCCUCAGUCAGCA